AUGGCAGGAAUUACCAGGUCGUUGGGGGCAGAGAGCUCCCAGAGACCGGAAGUUACCAGAGGAGUCGACCGCAAAAUCGUAGAUUCAUUACAACAGAUGCUACAAGAAAAAAACAAUUUGGUUAGAAUGUUCAAAAAUGCUUUACAACGAAUGCCAAGCGAUGAAUAUAAAAUUGUUAUCAGAGCAGACAAAACACCAACAGGAGAGCACGAAAGACGUUUUAAUGCCCCAACAUCUGAUGAAGUUGCAGUUAUAAUUGUCGGCAAUGAAUUUGAUAAACGGGAUAUUGUUCUACAAAAACGGAGUAAUUUGUUGCAGCGCAUUUCAGAAACUCACCGUUCUUAUGAUGCUCUACAAUACCCGUUACUUUUUUGGGAAGGCGAAGAUGGAUACAAUUUCAACAUUUAUCAGAUUGAUGCAGUGACACAUGCCGCUACAAAUAAAAAGGUUUCAGCAAUGAAUUACUACGCUUAUCGUAUAAUGGUGAGAGAGGGGCAUAAUCAUCUGUUACGUUGCGGACGACUGUUUAAACAAGUCUUGGUGGACAUGUAUGCAAAAAUUGAAAGUGAACGUUUAUCAUUUCUGCGAUGGAAUCAGAAAAGACUACGUGCAGAAGAAUAUAUUCACCUUAGGGACGCAAUAUCGAGAGAUGCAAAUGCAGAAGAUAUUGGAAAAAUCGUCAUUUUACCUUCGUCAUUUACCGGCAGUCCUAGACAUAUGCAUGAAUAUACACAAGAUGCUAUGAUGUAUGUCAGAAGUUACGGUCGCCCGGAUUUAUUUAUAACUUUCACGUGCAAUCCAAAAUGGGUUGAAAUUGAGUCCCUUCUGCUUCCUGGACAGACUGCGGGAGACAGACAUGAUCUGACAGCAAGAGUUUUUAAACAAAAACUAACAAAACUGAUGGAUGCAAUAGUCAAAUUGAGAAUAUACGGGGAAGUUAGAUGCUUCAUGUAUACUAUUGAAUGGCAAAAAAGAGGUUUACCACAUGCACACAUUCUCAUUUGGUUGAAAGAAAAAAUUCAUUCGGACCACAUAGACAAGAUUAUAUCAGCCGAAAUACCAGACAAAGAAGAAGAUCCUCUUUUAUUUAACAUAAUCACUUCAAGCAUGAUUCACGGCCCUUGCGGAAAUUUAAAUCCUACAUCCUCCUGCAUGAAAGAUCGACAGUGCACGAAAAGAUAUCCACGCUCUUUUUUGCUCGAAACUCAAACUGGACAAGAUGGCUAUCCACAGUAUAAAGGAAGAAAACCAGAAGACGGAGGACAUGUAGCAGUAGGCAAGAUCAAACAAAGAGAAGUGCAAAUUGACAACCGUUGGGUGGUACCAUACACUCCCUUGCUUUCAAAAACCUUCCAGGCACAUAUAAACGUAGAAUACUGCAACUCUGUCAAAUCGAUCAAAUACAUAUGCAAAUAUAUAAACAAAGGCAGCGAUAUGGCAAUGUUUGGAGUCAGUAACGACAAUGAUGAAAUAAGUUUAUAUCAGAUGGGACGAUACAUUUCAAGUAAUGAGGCAGUUUGGAGAAUUCUGAGUUUUCCAAUACACGAUCGCCAUCCCACAGUUGUCCAUCUGGAAAACGGCCAAAGAAUUACGUUUACACCCCAGAAUGCGGCUCAAUUGGCAGCCGAUCCGCCACAUACUACCUUGACUGCCUUCUUCAAAUUAUGCACCGAAGACCCGUUCGCAAAGACACUGUUAUAUCCAGAAGUUCCACAAUACUAUACGUGGAACAUAUCGAAAAAACAAUUUUAUCAAAGGAAACAAGGUGUUAAAGUACCUGGAACAACGAUAAGAAGAAGUGAUGCUCUAGGCCGAGUAUACACAGUACAUCCUAACAACGCCGAAUGUUUUUACUUGCGAAUGCUUUUGCAUGUUGUAAAAGGGCCGACAUCUUUCGAACAUAUACGCACUGUUGAAGGUGAGGUUUGUUCCACAUAUCGACAAGCGUGCCAGAAAUUGGGACUUCUAGAAGAUGAUCAACAUUGGGAUACGGCAUUGUCCGAAGCAGCUGCAAUAUCUAUGCCCUGUCAGAUGCGUCUUCUAUUCUCAAUUAUUUUAACAACCUGUGCUCCAUCCGAUCCAAUGGCUUUGUGGGAAAAACAUCGCGAUUCUCUUAGCGAAGAUUAUUUAUUGCAACUGCGUAGAACUGCGAACAACUUCGAUUUGCAAAUGUCAGAUAUUCUUUACAACAAAGCGUUAAUAAAUAUCGAAGAUACAUGUCUGUCCAUCGUCAACAAACCUCUUCAGGAAUUAGGACUCCUUUCACCACCAAGAGACGACAUUGACAUAGUGGAUACUGAUGUUGUACGCGAGACCAACUACAAUCGAGAUGAACUACAUAGAUUUGUAGAGACUAACGUACCUCUUUUGGUAGGACAGCAAAGAACGUCAUAUAACAUAAUUAUGGAUCGAAUUUCAACUCAAAAGGGAGGUAUAUUCUUUCUCGAUGCUCCAGGGGGAACAGGAAAAACGUUCCUCAUUAACCUCAUACUUGCACAAGUGCGAAAGAAUGGCGAUAUCGCACUUGCUGUUGCGUCCUCUGGAAUAGCCGCAACUCUUUUGGCAGGAGGAAGAACUGCGCAUUCAGCGCUAAAAUUACCGUUGGAUUUUUGUGCAACUGAUACGCCAAUUUGCAACAUCAAGAAAAAUUCUGGACAAGCCACUGUUCUAAAAACAUGCAAGGUUAUCAUUUGGGUCGAAUGCACGAUGGCAAACAAAAAAGCUCUUGAGGCUUUGGAUAGGACUCUGCAAGAUCUGAGGGGUCAAGAAGCAACAAUGGGAGGAGCACUCUUGCUACUAGCUGGAGACUUUCGUCAAACUCUUCCUGUUAUUCCAAGAGGAACUCCAGCAGAUGAACUUAAUGCGUGUCUCAAGUUAUCAUAUUUAUGGAGGCGAGUUCAGAUAUUGACGCUCACAACAAACAUGCGUGUUCGCCUGCAAAGUGAUGCGGCCUCACAAGAAUUUUCGGAACGGCUUUUGCAAAUUGGAAAUGGAACCUUCAUGAAUUCGCCAGGCAAUUACUCCAUAACAUUUCCAGAGGACUUCUGCAAUUUGGCUGAAUCAAUCAAUGAUGUUGUUAACAGUGUUUUUCAAGACAUUGCCACUAAUUACAAAAAUCACGGAUGGCUUAGAGAAAGAGCGAUUCUAGCACCACGAAACGAUCAAGUAACUAAUCUAAACAUAUCUAUUCAAGACAAGCUACCGGGAGCUGUGACGACGUACAAGUCCAUCGACACCGUCAUUGAUCCAGAACAAGCUGUACACUACCCUGUGGAGUUUUUAAACUCACUUGAACCAUCAGGAAUGCCGUCACAUCAAUUACUCUUGAAAGGACAAAUAUCCUUCUCGGGACCAACAGCUACCAAAGGCUGGAAACUACCGGGAGCUUCAGAAGCUCAGAACUCCCAGAGUUGA